AAGGAGAAAAGAAGCGUUGAAAUACGUGGUUGAAUUGAAUAAGGAAUCAACUUAGGUGGCGUAUUUAUGGACCCCACCAUUACCCAGGUGCAAUGAAAUGGUGCAGUGCAGUGCAAUGAUGCAACGCAACGCGGGAACGGAAGGGAAAGGAAUCGAUCACUCCUUUGACUCAACCUAAUCAUUCCUUUUCCUCACACCAAUCACACGCCUUCUUAUUCUCUCUUUCUCUUCUCCGAUUUUCCAUACUUUACUUUCCACCCAAAUCAAACGAUGUAUCCGAAGGUGAAGGUAAGACACGAUGACGACGGUGAACUUGGUCUCAAAGCUUUCCUGUCUCUGUAUUUGCAGCCAUCUUCUCCAGGUUUUUGAAGCAAUAGUUGGGGAAGUAAUCACAUGAAUGAUGACAGACAAGAAAGUUGUCUCCAUGCCCUCUGUUGUAAGAGUACCGGAGUGUUAUGUUCCGCAUGUAACUAUUCCAAGAGUACCCCUAACUGAAGAUUCUGGAGACUUCAGUGUUUCUUCAGUAACUACAGGAUCUGAGAAGGAUGGCAGUACUGAUGAAAAUAUAGUAAACAUUAGAGUCAGUCCAAUUCCUCCACCUCGUGCUGUCAUUUCUAGUCCUGAUAAUGACAUAAUGAUUGGAAAUCGAAACAAGACUAGAGAUGGAAGACUUUCUACUUCAAAGAAUGGUGCUGUGUUGCAAAAUCGACAUGUACACUGCAAAGUUAGAUCGCAUGAUGUCAUUGGUAUUCCUUCAGAUACAAGAAAACAGAGGGAGCCUGGGUCUAAAGAAGAAAAUGAUUCUGUAGGAAAGAAAAAGACCCAUAAAGGUAGCAUAAAAUUCGAAAAGGUACCCUGGAGAUUUUAGUUCUGGUGAAAUCUAGCAUGACUAGAUACAGUUUUUUGGAGAUCAAAAUGUAGUGUGAUUAAUCUAGGAUUAGGUUUCCUGCCAUAGAAAAAGAGAGAAUACAAUGGUGCAUGCUUUGGUGUUUCAUGUAAUAUAGCCACUUCUGCAUGCUAUACUUCCCUCAAAGUUUUGAAUGACCACUUGAUGCGCCCGUGCAAGAUUCUCUAAGGAAGAAGCCAAUGCCUGAAGGGUCAUCAUAUAUAUUGCAUUUUCCCCUGUUUUUAAUCUUCUUUUUAGAUUGUUUGAGGAAGCAUAUCAUAUAGUAGCGUUUCAUGGUAUCUAAUGUGUAUAAGAAAUUAAUAGCUUGUAGCAAACAUGAAUUUUACGAAUUUUGCUACGUAUAUUGUAUGUAGAUUAUGUGACGCUUAAGUGGAUAUAAAUUUAAUAGGAACUACUCAUUUUGGCUUUGUUAUCA